GUCUAUACAAUAUGAUAUUUGUAUUACAUUAGCAGUUCAUAAAUAUUAUCUUCAUGUUUAACAUUACCAUUCUCAAAAAAAAAAAUAUUAUCUUCAUGUCAGUUGGGCCUGGUGGAAGUCCAGACGAGAAUGGAGAAACUACAAUUGAUGCCAUGGUCAUGGAUGGGACAUGCAUAGGAAACAAUGGAGGUGGGCGCUGUUGCUGCUAUGAGGUAUGUGCCAGAGGGCAUUAAAGCUGCGAAGUUAGUGCUGGAGUAUACUAAACAUACUAUGCUUGUUGGGGAUCAAGCCUCAGCUUUUGCCAUUUCAAUGGGCCUUCCAGGGCCUAUAAACCUAAGCUCAGUUGAGUCAAUAGAGAAGUGGACAAAAUGGAAAGAAAAUUAUUGCCAACCUAAUUUUCGAAAAAAUGUUAUCCCUAGGGAUAAUUGUGGUCCAUACCAUCCAAAUGGUCCUUCAACAAGAAGAUGCCUGAUGGCGAAUGAUUUCAUGCCUAAUGAAUUUGGAUCAGUUAAUGUAGGUUUACAUAGCCAUGAUACAAUAUCCAUGGCUGUCAUUGACCAACUUGGACGGAUUGCUGUUGGUACAUCAACUAAUGGAGCCACGUUCAAGAUUCCAGGAAGGGUUGGUGAUGGACCUAUAGCAGGGUCUUCAGCAUAUGCAGAUGCUGAAGUUGGUGCUUGUGGAGCAACUGGGGAUGGUGAUAUUAUGAUGCGCUUCCUUCCAUGUUAUCAGGCCGUGGAGAAUAUGAGAUUAGGAAUGGAACCCAAACUUGCUGCAAAAGAUGCUAUAUCGCGAAUUGCAAGGAAGUAUCCAAACUUCAUUGGGGCUCUAUUUGCAGUCAACAAAAGUGGAAAUCAUGCAGGUGCAUGCCAUGGUUGGACUUUUCAGUACUCUGUCAGAAACCCUGGGAUGAAUGACGUUGAGGUCUUUACCGUUCACCCCCAGUGAUCCCUUUAGAAUACCGUUUCUAUUUUAGUUCUUGCUCUUCCAUGAAGCCGCCAUUCGUAUUCUCUUGUGGAUAUUGUAGAAGAGUUGAUGUUCUUCCAUGUUAUGGUUAUUUAAGGACUUAUUAUCAAACCAUAAAAUGUCUAUUGGUACGAUAAAUUCAAAUCUGAAGUGCGUGUAAUGACAACCCAGUUAAGCUUCUAA